GCCAGCCGACAGCCGAACCGCCCAGGCGGGGAGGGCGAGCCGGCCUGCGGGAACAGGCAGCAGCAAUCGAGCGCCUAUGUAGGGGGUAACACCAGUAUCGCCCAGUAUCACCAGUGCACCCGGGCACCAGAAGCUCGCAGUGCUCACAUUCCUGUGCACCCAGUCCCCAUCCCAGUCCCCCAGUAACCCCCAGUCCUCCCAGUAACAGUCCAGUGCACCCAGUCCCCAUCCCAGUCCCCCAGGUUCCCCAGUAACUCCCAGUCACCCCAUAACCCCCAUUCUCCCAGAGCAUCCAGUCCCCAUCCCAGUUCCCCAGUCACCCAAUAACCCCCAGUGCCCCCAGUAUCCCAGUCCCUCCAGUGACCCCCACAGCCCAGUGGAUCCCAGUGCCCCCAGCGGGACCAGUUCCCCCAGCAGUGACAGUGGCACGGUGCCACCAGCCCUGCGCAGGACACGUGUCACCGUCCACUCGGCCCCGUCAGGGCUAAUCCUGGGGCUUAAUGGCUUUUGCUGAUCGGAGCGAGGCCACCGUCACUGUCACCGUCACCGGUGGAGCACACGGGUGAUCAAACGGGCUCAGUGGAGCCACAACCCGGCCCGUGUCCCUGCGUCCCCCCGGGCGCGGGGACAGGGACCGCCAGCAUCGGGGACAUGGGGCUGUCGCAGAGCAGGAGGGGUGACAGCAACGCCCCGAGGAGCAGCGCCGUGCCGGAGGGUGACGGGGGCGAUGUCCCCUCCCUGACCAUGGCCACCGAUGGCCACGGGGGCCUCAUCCAGCCCAGGAAGUUGCCAAACCCGGUGCGGGAGUCCCGGAGCCACCGGGAGCUGCACCGGGAGCUGCUCUUCAGCCACAGCAGGGGGCUCCUGCCGCGGCGCCGGGCAGAGCUCCCGCGGGUGCUGGAGAACCGGCGGCUGCGGCAGCUGGGGGAGGAGCUGCGGGGACCCCCCUCCGACCUGGAGCAGCAGCUGAGGAAACGCCACCAGAGGCUGGAGGAGCAGGAGCGGGGGGCAGCAGUGGGGCCGGACCCUCGCCCCGAGUUCCUGCUGGUGCGGGACGGCCUGAGGAAGAUGAAGGUGGCGGAGGUGGCCGCCCGGCAGACGUGAGCAGGACCCAGUGCGGCAGAGCGGGGGCUGCUCCCCCGGCCCCCCCACGAUGCCACACCGGGGUCCCCCACCCCCGGCACGUCUCGGCGCUGGCACCAGCACCUGGCACCGUCAUUCUAGGAGAGCUCGUGGUCGGGGUGGCUGCGGGUGAUGCUGUGUCGGUGUCCCCAGAGCGGUGAGAACCAACGUGCCAGGGGCUGGAAUGAGGUGGCAGCGCUGGGGCGGCAUGGAGACACGCGGGGACGUACGGGGACACGCGGGCAACGGUUGUACCAAACCUGCACCUGCUCUGGCUCGCUCUGGAAACAAAAAAACCCCAUAAAAUAAAGGUUUUCAUCUGUUC